AUGGAAUUUCCAGGAUAUGCACCCGACGGAUCACGUCUUGUUGCGGGUGUUGUAGCGGUUUCGUCAGAUAAGAAAAAAGUUCUUGUCGUUGAAUCAACAAACCGUAAGAACCACUGGGUCUUGCCCAAAGGUGGUUAUGAGACGGAUGAAGCCAAUCCGGAAGAUGCUGCAACUCGCGAAGCUUGGGAAGAAGCUGGCAUCACUGGAAAGGUCACGAGAUCACUCGGCGAAAUCAAGGAUCCCCGCCCAGUAGUGCCCGAAAAACGGGUCCAGCGCUCGUUAUACUACUUCUUUGAGUUCAAGGUGGAAAAGGAAGAAUCGGAAUGGCCGGAGAUGCACAAGCGGAGACGCACCUGGUUGACCUACGAGGAGGCCACCAAGUGUUUCAAGGUGAUGGGUAGACCUGAGCUACAAGAAGCAGUCGACCGCAGCAGCGUCAGUCGGUAG